AUGUCAAUUUUCCCCAUUCUUGAUCCUGACUACAACAAGCCACCCUUUCCCAAAUGGUUAAAAGAUAUUGGUGGUGGCUACGCACUACUCAAACAACAAGAAUGGCGUAUCAUUCAACUCUACCUUGAAGCUUAUUAUCCACAGUCACCUGAGUUUGGCUAUUUCAAUGAUGAUGGGAGUUUUCGUGUCAUAUACUGGGCUCGACUGCGGCUACCAAAUGGCCAAACAAGCCGGUCAUUAUUUGCAACAAGGGAACAACAACACAAUGCUCGUUGCCAGAUUCCAUGCAUUGUCCAUCCUUUGAUCAUCGUCCAUCCUUUGAUGACAGCCGCAGGAGAACAAGUUGGACAAAACACGACAAUGAUUUAUUCUAUCAAAGUUGUCCUUGUAGGACAGCAAUUCAUUCAGUGGCAGCAUACUGCCAUUCCACAUCCCCAGUCACAACACAAGUCACUUUAUCUUGAAAACGCAGAACUCACAGAUGUACUAUGGCAAGAAAGUCAGAUUUUGAAGAAUAACUGGUAUGACAUGAAGUGCAAGCACAAUAUUGAAGUUGCAAUGCUCACAUCACGACUUGAACAGACAGAGACAUUAUAUCAACAACUUCUUAAGCCCAUGGAUGUGUUAGCUGCUAGUACCACUGGGAGUGGCCCACAAGACCCCUUCCUUGAGCUUUAUUGCAUGACAAAGGAGGAAUGGCAGUGGGAGUAUCAAAAUGGCCGUGGCAUUCUUACCGUCAAGAAGUCAUCAAAGUCAGAAUCAGAGCAACCAAAAAUGCGAAAUCAACUUCAUGCAGCCUGGCAUACACUGCUUGAUGAAGAUACCUUCACUAGUCGACAUUAUCCGCAGUGGACAUCUCACCCCAAAGAAGAUAACCAAGUCAAGGUGAAGCGAGAAAAAGUGGACGCCAUGAAUGUCAAGGUCGAACAAGUAACUCAAGACUCCACAUCUGCUGCAGUACCUUCCACAUUUAAACAGCCCCAGUCAAUUGCUAUCUCACCUCUAGUGCGCAUCUCAAAGAAGAAGAAAGAAGUUCAUCGCAUUCCCUCUCCCCCAGUGUUCUCUCCUGUGCCCUCUGCUGCUCAUCAUGAUACAUACCUGGUUGCUGAAAUGACUCAAAUUGGUGCUAUGCCUGACAGACCCACCUUUGAACAUAUCUCUGACAAACCUGUCGGAGCAGCUCGUGACAACCCUGUUGCUUUUGAGCCUGGUGCUCUUGAUAAGCCAAUUAACCUUACUAGUUCCGAUGCAAAUGUUCAGUUGUCUCAACCUGCCAUAAUUAUGAAUCCACUCAAAGGUCUGUUUCCAGACCAAUCAGACAGCCAUUCUGCAGAUAUCAUCUCUGUACCUGGGCCUUCCAGCAUUACUACGGUGCAUAUAGCAAGCACUUCCGUUGGCGACAUGGAUCCAAUUUGCAAUUGCUUUGUCGUCAUCGACCCACAUGUUUACAUGCCCAUACAUGCCUGCCAUAUUUGGCGAAAUUCGUUACAGUUCAUUACAGAUAUUGGUUGA